CCUCCCCACCCCGGCGUGGUCGCGUCCGCCUGGCGCUCACCUCCCGCCUCCCCUCCGGCUCCCGAAGCGACCGGACUCCCCGUGAGGCCGCGGAGGGGGCGGGCAGGCUGGCGGACGGUGAUGUGGCGGGACUCUUUGUGCACUGCGGCAGGAUACGCUUUGGGGAGCCGAGACGCGGCUGCGCUCAGUUCUCUCCUCUCGGAAGCUGCAGCCAUGAUGGAAGUUUGAGAGUUGAGCCGCUUGAGGCGAGGCCGGGCUCAGGCGAGGGAGAUGAGAGACGGCGGCGGCCGCGGCCCCGAGCCCCUCUCAGCGCCUGUGAGCAGCCGCGGGGGCAGCGCCCUCAGGGAGCCGGCCGGCCUGCGGCGGCGGCAGCGGCGGCGUUUCUCGCCUCCUCUUCGUCUUCUUUUCUAACCGUGCAGCCUCUUCCUCGGCUUCUGAAAGGGAAGGUGGAAGCCGUCGGCUCGGGCGGGAGCCGGCUGAGGCGCGGCGGCGGCACCUCCCGCUCCUGGAGCGGGGGGGAGAAGCGGCGGCCGCGGCCGCGGCGGCUGCAGCUCCAGGGAGGGGGUCGGAAUCGCCUGUCACCAUUUCCAGGGCUGGGAACGCCGGAGAGUUGGUCUCUCCCCUUCUACUGCCUCCAACACGGCGGCGGCGGCGGCGGCACAUCCAGGGACCCGGGCAGGUUUUAAACCUCCCCUCCGCCGCCGCCGCACCCCCCCUGGCCCGGGCUCCGGAGGCCGCCGGAGGAGGCAGCCGUUGCGAGGAUUAUUCGUCUUCUCCCCAUUCCGCUGCCGCCGCUGCCAGGCCUCUGGCUGCUGAGGAGAAGCAGGCCCAGUCGCUGCAACCAUCCAGCAGCCGUCGCAGCAGCCAUUACCCGGCUGCGGUCCAGAGCCAAGCGGCAGCAGAGCGAGGGGCAUCAGCUACCGCCAAGUCCAGAGCCAUUUCCAUCCUGCAGAAGAAGCCCCGCCACCAGCAGCUUCUGCCAUCUCUCUCCUCCUUUUUCUUCAGCCACAGGCUCCCAGACAUGACAGCCAUCAUCAAAGAGAUCGUUAGCAGAAACAAAAGGAGAUAUCAAGAGGAUGGAUUCGACUUAGACUUGACCUAUAUUUAUCCAAACAUUAUUGCUAUGGGAUUUCCUGCAGAAAGACUUGAAGGCGUAUACAGGAACAAUAUUGAUGAUGUAGUAAGGUUUUUGGAUUCAAAGCAUAAAAACCAUUACAAGAUAUACAAUCUAUGUGCUGAAAGACAUUAUGACACCGCCAAAUUUAACUGCAGAGUUGCACAGUAUCCUUUUGAAGACCAUAACCCACCACAGCUAGAACUUAUCAAACCCUUUUGUGAAGAUCUUGACCAAUGGCUAAGUGAAGAUGACAAUCAUGUGGCAGCAAUUCACUGUAAAGCUGGAAAGGGACGAACUGGUGUAAUGAUUUGUGCAUAUUUAUUACAUCGGGGCAAAUUUUUAAAGGCACAAGAGGCCCUAGAUUUCUAUGGGGAAGUAAGGACCAGAGACAAAAAGGGAGUAACUAUUCCCAGUCAAAGGCGCUAUGUGUAUUAUUAUAGCUACCUGCUAAAGAAUCAUCUGGAUUAUAGACCAGUGGCACUGUUGUUUCACAAGAUGAUGUUUGAAACUAUUCCAAUGUUCAGUGGCGGAACUUGCAAUCCUCAGUUUGUGGUCUGCCAGCUAAAGGUGAAGAUAUAUUCCUCCACUUCAGGACCCACACGACGAGAAGACAAGUUCAUGUAUUUCGAGUUCCCUCAGCCGUUGCCUGUAUGUGGUGACAUCAAAGUAGAGUUCUUCCACAAACAGAACAAGAUGCUAAAAAAGGAUAAAAUGUUUCAUUUUUGGGUAAAUACGUUCUUCAUACCAGGACCAGAGGAAACCUCAGAAAAAGUAGAAAAUGGAAGUCUAUGUGAUCAAGAAAUUGAUAGCAUUUGUAGUAUAGAGCGUGCAGAUAAUGACAAAGAGUAUCUAGUACUUACUUUAACAAAAAAUGAUCUUGACAAAGCAAAUAAAGACAAGGCCAACCGAUAUUUUUCUCCAAAUUUUAAGGUGAAGCUGUACUUCACAAAAACAGUAGAGGAGCCAUCAAAUCCAGAGGCUAGCAGUUCAACUUCUGUAACGCCAGAUGUUAGUGACAAUGAACCUGAUCAUUAUAGAUAUUCUGACACCACUGACUCUGAUCCAGAGAAUGAACCUUUUGAUGAAGAUCAGCAUACACAAAUUACAAAAGUCUGAAUUUUUUUUUUAUCAAGAGGGAUAAAACACCAUGAAAACAAACUUGAAUAAACUGAAAAUGGACCUUUUUUUUUAAUGGCAAUAGGACAUUGUGUCAGAUUACCAGUUAUAGGAACAAUUCUCUUUUCCUGACCAAUCUUGUUUUACCCUAUAUAUCCACAGGGUUUUGACACUUGUUGUCCAGUUGAAAAAAGGUUGUGUAGCUGUGUCAUGUAUAUACCUUUUUGUGUCAAAAGGACAUUUAAAAUUCAAUUAGGAUUAAUAAAGAAAGAUGGCACUUUCCCAUUUUAUUCCAGUUUUAUAAAAAGUGGAGACAGACUGAUAUGUAUACGUAGGAAUUUUUCCUUUUGUGUUCUGUCACCAACUGAAGUGGCUAAAGAGCUUUGUGAUGUACUGGUUCACAUCCUACCCCUUUGCACUUGUGGCAACAGAUAAGUUUGCAGUUGGCUAAGAGAUGUUUCUAAAGGGUUUUGCUACAUUCUAAUGCAUGUAAUUUGGGUUAGGGGAUUGGAGGGAAUGCUCAGAAAGGAGUAUAUUUUAUGCUGGACUCUGGACCAUAUACCAUCUCCAGCUAUUCACACACACCUUUCUUUAGCAUGCUACAGUUAUUUAAUCUGGACAUUUGAGGAAUUGGCCGCUGUCACUGCUUGUUGUUCGUGCAUUUUUUUUUUAAAGCAUAUUGGUGCUAGAAAAGGCAGCUAGAGGAAGUGAAUCUGUAUUGGGGUACAGGAAUGAACCUUCUGCAACAUCUUAAGAAUCCACAAAUGAAGGGAUAUAAAAAUAAUGUGGUCAUAGGUAAGAAACACAGCAACAAUGACUUAACCAUAUAAAUGUGGAGGCUAUCAAAGAAUGGGCUUGAAACGCAAAAAUUUGACAAUGAUUUAUUAAAUAUGUUUUCUCAAUUGUAAUGACUGCUCCAUCUCCUGUGUAAUCAAGGCCAGUGCUAAAAGUCAGAUGCUAUUAGUACCUACAUCAGUCAACAACUUACACUUAGUAGUUUUCAAUCAUAUACCUGCUGUGGAUGCUUCAUGUGCUGCCUGCAAGCUUUUUUUCUCAUUAAAUAUAAAACAUUUUGUAAUGCUACAAGGAAAUUUCAAUUUGAGAUUCUACAGUAAGUGUUUUUUUUUUCUUUGAGGAUUUAUGAUGCACUUAUUCAAUCCAAUAGCUGUCAGCCGUUCCACCCCUUUGACCUUACACAUUCUAUUACAAUGAGUUUUGCAGUUUUGCACAUUUUUUUAAAUGUCAUUAACUGUUAGGGAAUUUUACUUGAAUAUUGAAUACAUAUGAUGUUUAUAUUAAAAAGGAUAUUAUUUGUGUUAAAAAGAAAAUUAGUAUUGCAGUACAUUAUCAACACUGCACAAAUACUAAGACAUUUAAUUUUUCAGUAGAAAUUGUCCUACAUAUGCUUUAUUGAUUUCCUAUCGAAAGAAUAGGUUUUUUUUUAAAUGUGCAGUGUUGUAUCAUUUCUUCAUAGUGCUAGAGUUGGGACUAGGGCUUCAAUUUCACUUAAAUAUCAUAUAUUUGAUAUGCCCAGACUGCAUACAAUUUUAAGCAGAAUACAACUACUAUUGUAAAGCUAAUGUGAAAAUACUAUUAAAAAGGAUUUUUCUCCAGAAAUUUGGUGUCUUUCAAAUUAUACUUUGACCUUGACAUUUGAAUAACCAGCCAUUAUAUUUCUUAGUGGUAUAAAAUUCCAUUUUCAAUAACUUAAUGGUGCUGAACUUGUUCACUAGCUGUGGUCUGACUUAGUUAAUUUACAAAUACAGAUUGCAUAGGACCUACUAGAGCAGCAUUUAUGGAGUUUGAUGGUAAAUAGAUUAGGCAGAACUUCAUCCAAAAUAUUCUCCGUAAAUGUUGACAUGUUUUCCAUACCUCAUCAUUUUCAUUCAACAAAUAAAAUUUUUAAAUUUUUAACAAAGUUCUUAGGAUUUACACCUUUAUAUUUAAACAUUGAUAGAGUUGUUGAUUGACGGCUCUUAAGUUAAAUUGGUAAAGUUAGAGACAACUAUUCCUAAGAUCUCACCACUGAAAUUUAUAUACCACCUUGUUUUUCAUAAAAGCUGAAAAUUGUUGACUAAAAUGAAAAUCAACUUCAUGUUUCGAAGAUAUUAAUACUGUUCUUUAUUACAAUUUGGGCACAGCAUAUUAAGUCACAACUUGUAUUGUUCCAAUAUGUUACAUGGAGGGCCAGGUCAUAAAUGAUGACAUUAUAAUGGGCUUUUGCACUGUUAUUAUUUUUCCUUUGGAAUGUGAAGGUCUGAAUGAGGGUUUUGAUUUUGAAUGUUUCAAUGUUUUUGAGAAGCCUUGCUUACAUUUUAUGGUGUAGUCAUUGGAAAUGGAAAAAUGGCAUUAUAUAUAUUAUAUAUAUAAAUAUAUAUAUUAUACAUACUCUCCUUUAUUUCAGUUACAAUUCCCAUAGAAUUUGACAAGAAUUGCUAUGACUGAAAGAUUUUCGAGUCCUAAUUAAAACUUUAUUUAUGACAGUAUUCAUAAUUAGCCUGAAAUGCAUUCUGUAGGUAAUCUCUCUGAGUCUCUGGAAUGUUUUCUUAGACUUUUUGGAUGUGCAGCCAGCUUACAUGUCUGAAGUUACUUGAAGGCAUCACUUUUUAAGAAAGCUUACAAAUGGGCCCUGUCCUAUCCCAAGUCCUUUGUAGCUCCUCUUGAACAUUUUUGCCAUAGUUACAAAAGGGUAGUUGAAAAAAUAGCAUCACCAUUCUUUGCUGUGGCACAGGUUAUAAACUUAAGUGGAGUUUACCGGCAGCAUCAAAUGUUUCAGCUUUAAAAAAAUAAAAGUAGGGUACAAGUUACAUGUUUAGUUCUAGAAAAUUUGUGCAAUAUGUUCAUAACGAUGGCUGUGGUUGCCACAAAGUGCCUCGUUUACCUUUAAAUACUGUUGAUGUGUCAUGCAUGCAGAUGGAAGGGGUGGAACUGUGCACUCAAGUGGGGGCUUUAAUUGUAGUGUUUGGCAGAGUUGCCUUCUACCUGCCAGUUCAAAAGUUCAAUCUGUUUUCAUAUAGAGUAUAUAUACUAAAAAUUUCAGUCUGUUCAACAGCCUUACUCUGAUUCAGCCUCUUCAGAUACUCUUGUGCUGUGCAGCAGUGGCUCUGUGUGUAAAUGCUAUGCACUGAGGAUACACAAAAAUCCCAAUAUGAUGUGUACAGGAUAAUGCCUCAUACCAAUCAGAUGUCCAUUUGUUAUUGUGUUUGUUAACAACCCUUUAUCUCUUAGUGUUAUAAACUCCACUUAAAACUGAUUAAAGUCUCAUUCUUGUCAUUGUGUGGGUGUUUUAUUAAAUUAGAGUUUAUAAUUUAAAUUUCAUAAAUCCAUUAAAAUUUUAAAUAAUGGGCAGCCAAAUGCCAAAUGUGAUUAAGAAGUUUUUUGUAAGUUUUUUUCCCUCCCUGCUGUCCUUCAAAGCCUACCAUUU